GUUUGCGGUCAUGCAGUUCUCAGACCUGGUGAAGAAGGAGUUUAAUUUUGAGGAAUACGAGCUGUCGCGCCGGAAUGAGACGCUUGUGAGGCGGAUCCGUCAGAUUAAAGGUGACACGUACACACCCACAGCGAUCAAACAGCUAGUUGAGGAGAUCUUUGUGGAGGACAGUGGCCUGAGGACCGACUCCAAGCGGGUCAUGGUGGUCAUCACUGACGGAAAGUCAAAUGAUCCUGACACCACGUUCCCUAAGGCCAUCCGCCUGGCUGAGGACAAACAAAUCCUGCGCUUCGCUGUCGGGGUGGGUCCUGACUUUCAGAGCGCAGAAGGACGACAGGAGCUGGAGAUCAUUGCCUCAAACUCCACCAACAACACCGUGUUCUCUAUCAAAAACUUCAAUGCUCUCAAAACCAUCCAGGACCAACUGCAGGCCAAGAUCUUUGCCAUUGAGGGGGCCCAUGGAUCGGAGAACCUCACGUAUUUUAAGAAUGAAAUGAGCCAAGAAGGAUUCAGCUCCAUCCUGACAUCAGAUACAGUGGUCCUUGGAUCACCGGGGGCUUACAGAUGGAGUGGAGGAGUGUUACUUUAUCGAGGAGACAACGAGACUUUUGUCAACAUCACCAUUAUGGAUGGAGACCUCAGAAACAGCUAUUUGGGAUACUCAGUGCAAAAGGCCACACGGUCAGGGCUGGAUUACUAUAUUGUGGGAGCACCUCGUUACCGGCACACAGGAGCGGUGGUCAUCUUCCAGCGAGGGAGCAAUGGCACUUGGGAGAACCGGCAGCGCAUUCCAGGAGAGCAGAUUGGCUCAUACUUUGGCUCAGAGCUUUGUACCAUGGAUGUGAAUGGGAAUGGAGAGACCGACCUUCUGUUGAUUGGAGCUCCUCUCCAUCAAUAUCAACGUUUCGGGGGCAUGGUUCUUGUCUGCACGAUGUCUCCACAGGGUAAUUUCUCGUGUGGACACUCCCUCCGAGGAGCUGAAGAGAGUGGUCUGGGUCGUUUCGGAAGCUCCGUGGCGGUGCUGAGUGACCUGAAUGGGGACGGACUAAGUGAUGUGGCGAUCGGAGCCCCUUUGGAGGAUGAGCAUCGUGGAAGAGUCUAUAUCUUCCAUGGGGAGAGCGGAGGAAUCAAACUCCAAUACAGCCAGUGUCUCGAGGGGGUGAAGCAGUCUCCGUCGCUGACCUACUUUGGCCAGUCUGUCAGUGGUGUGAUGGAUGUGAGCGGUGACUUGCUGACUGACCUUGUGAUUGGUUCUCUCGGCAUGGUGACUGUGUUUCGCACCCGGCCAAUCGUCAACUUCUCUGCCAGUGCAGUGUUCCAUCCUCAGCCAAUCCCACUCGCUCUGUACCGGUGUCACCAGGUAGUGGAGCCCGGCUCACUGAUCAGCAACGUCACUGUGUGUCUCCGGAUGGCAAGCCUGGCACCGGGGAACCUUGGUGAACUCAAAGCCAAUGUCACGUAUAAUUUGUUCCUGGACUUUGGACGGCAACAGGGCCGAGCAACAUUCCUGAGCUUUGCCAGAAAAUUAACCACCAAUAGACUGCACUCCACGAAGAUGACGAUGUGUGAGCAAUACACCAUUCAUCUGUCGGUGAGACACGUGUAUCUUCCGUCCCCAGAAUCAAACACCCCAUUACCGUCUCAAAAUCACUACUGUCAGUUCCACUGA